AGCCCGAGAUCCCUUUCCCAGAGUGCUCUGCGCCGUGAAGAAGCGGCUCCCGGGGACUGGGGGCAUUUUGUGUUGGCUGGAGCUGGAGUAACAAGAUGGCGGCGUCGGCGGAGUGACAGGGGUCCCCCCGGGCCGGAGCCGGCGGCAGUGGUGGCAACGGUAUCACCGUCCUAACUCACCGCGCCCCAUUUCCAGCCCGCGACGUCGCCGUGAAAACUCGGCAGCGGCGACCUCCCAGAAACAAGUGGCCUAGCCUAAGUAACCGCGAAAACCACUCAAAAAUUGCGGCCUGGCUAAAAGAAACCUGACUGAUUGGCGGUGAUCGGGUUUCCCUUGGCCGAUUCUGGGCCCUGUACGCCGGGAAAAACCUCCGAUUUUCACUUCCUGCCGCCCUCCGCAGCCUUGCCCGGCGGACGAGCCCCCGAGGCCUCCGUCCUCCCCUCAGAGGUGUCGGGGCUUGGCCCCAGCCUCCAUCUUCGUUUCUCAGGAUGGCGAGCAGCAGCGGCUCCAAGGCCGAAUUCAUUGUCGGAGGGAAAUAUAAACUGGUACGGAAGAUCGGGUCUGGCUCCUUCGGGGACAUUUAUCUGGCGAUUAACAUCACCAACGGCGAGGAAGUGGCAGUGAAGCUAGAGUCUCAGAAGGCCAGGCAUCCCCAGUUGCUGUACGAGAGCAAACUCUAUAAGAUUCUUCAAGGUGGGGUUGGCAUCCCGCACAUACGGUGGUAUGGUCAGGAAAAAGACUAUAAUGUGCUAGUCAUGGAUCUUCUGGGACCCAGCCUUGAAGACCUCUUCAAUUUCUGUUCAAGAAGGUUCACAAUGAAAACUGUACUUAUGUUAGCUGACCAGAUGAUCAGUAGAAUUGAGUAUGUGCAUACAAAGAAUUUUAUACACAGAGACAUUAAGCCAGAUAACUUCCUAAUGGGUAUUGGGCGGCACUGUAAUAAGUUAUUCCUUAUUGACUUUGGUUUGGCCAAAAAGUACAGAGACAACAGGACAAGGCAACACAUACCAUACAGAGAAGAUAAAAACCUCACUGGCACUGCCCGAUAUGCUAGCAUCAAUGCACAUCUUGGUAUUGAGCAAAGUCGCCGAGAUGACAUGGAAUCGUUAGGAUAUGUUUUGAUGUAUUUUAAUAGAACCAGCCUGCCUUGGCAAGGACUGAAGGCUGCAACAAAGAAACAGAAAUAUGAAAAGAUUAGUGAAAAGAAGAUGUCCACUCCUGUUGAAGUUUUGUGUAAGGGGUUUCCUGCAGAAUUUGCUAUGUACUUAAACUAUUGUCGUGGGCUGCGCUUUGAGGAAGCCCCGGAUUACAUGUAUCUGAGGCAGCUAUUCCGCAUCCUUUUCAGGACCCUGAACCACCAAUAUGACUACACAUUUGAUUGGACAAUGUUAAAGCAAAAAGCAGCACAGCAGGCAGCCUCUUCCAGUGGGCAGGGUCAACAGGCCCAAACCCCCACAGGCAAGCAAACUGACAAAACCAAGAGUAACAUGAAAGGUUUCUAAGCAUGAAUUGAAGAACAGAAGAAGCAGAGCAGAUGAUUGGAGCAGCAUUUGUUUCUCCCCAAAUCUAGAAAUUUUAGUUCAUAUGUACACUAGCCAGUGGUUGUGGACAACCAUUUACUUGGUGUAAAGAACUUAAUUUCAGUAUAAACUGGCUCUGGGCAGCAUUGUUGAUGCUGUAUCAUGAGUUGUAGCCGCUGUAAUUGUGAAUAUUAACUGAGAUAGUGAAACAUGGUGUCCGGUUUUCUAUUAAUUUUUUUCAAGUGGAAAAGUUAACUAAAUGGUUGACACUCAAAUUGGUGGAGAAAUUGUGCAUAUGCCAAUUUUUUGUUAAAACCUUUCAUUUUGAACUAUACUGCUUUGAGAUCUCAUUUCAGAAGAACGGCAUGAACAGUCUUCAGCCACAGUUGUGAUGGUUGUAAAUGCUCACAAUUGUGCAUUCUUAGGGUUUUUCCACCCCUGGGGUUUGCAAGUUGUUCACUUAAAACAUUCUUUAAAUGGUUGGCUUCUUGUUUGCAAGCCACCUGAUAUGGUAGCAACCAAAGAUUCCAGUGUUUGAGCAUAUGAAAGACUCUGCCUGCUUACUGUGCUAGAAAUAACAGCAUCUAAAGUGAAGACUUAAGAAAAACUUAGUGACUACUAGAUUAUCCUUAGGACUCUGCAUUAACUCUAUAAUGUUCUUGGUAUUAAAAAAAAAAAAGCAUAUUUGUCACAGAAAUUUAGUUAACAUCUUACAACUGAACAUGUAUGUAUGUUGCUUAGAUAAAUGUAAUCACUGUAAACAUCUAUACGAUCUGGGAUUUUGUUUUUAUUUUGAAAUGGGAGCUUUUUUGUUUACAAGUUCAUUAAAAACUAAAAAUUGUUUCUGUAAGGAAAUGAGGUUUUUUUUUUUUUUUAAACAACAAAAUGCCUUGCUGACUCACUAUGAAAUAAAAGUCUCCCCAAUUUUUUGAUAGACGACUUUAAGCCAUUUGUUACAUGAUAUUCCUUUGCAAGUCUAUUAAGAUAUAGUGUUACAAAUUCUCAUUUUUUUUUCCUUUUUUUUUUUUUCUUUUGGUCUGAAGGGAAAGGCAUUCUUUCACUUUUUCUUUUUUUAAUGACUUGCAGGCACAAUACCUAGUACUGCAGCUGCCAGAACUUGGCAUUGUAACUCCUGCUGCCACUAACUAACAGCUUGACUGAUUCUGAGUAAGAAUGAAAGCGUUAAAGGGUUUGACUACAAGGUGUUUUUAUUUAAAAUACUUGUGAAAUGAUUAUAAGCAGUUGAUUCUAAACCUUGGAACAGAGUUGGACUAUGUGAAGUGCUUGUUGACCCCUCUAUCUAGCCACUCCCCUCUGCUUCUAUAGGUUACCUGUGUGCGUGCGCUUUCUUUCAGUCUUAUUUGCGCGCUUUUCUCUUUUUCUCUGACCCAAGAGAAAGGAAACUUACCGAUGAUAAUUCUUUAGUGUAAUUUAUUCCUUUAUAGCAUGUCAGGAUAAAUUAAAAGUACAUUUGUCUGAAAAAAAAUGCUGCCGGGAGCCUAUUGUGUACAUGUAGGUGUUUUGUGAAAUAACCUUGAAAUUGUAAAUCGACGUGUGUGGUCAGAUUGUGUCAAGUUUAAUUUCUUUGGGAUUUUUUUUUUUUUCCUUUUUUGUUUUUAUUUGAAAAUACUUUAGCAAUAAUUAAUUCCAUGUUUGCCACAUUCUGCCAUUAAGGGUUAUGUUAGUUCCAUAGUAUACGAAGAAAUCUUAGUAAGUCUGAAGUUUUGGGGUAGGUAGCUUCUUUGUUUCUUUUCUAAACACCCUGUCAGUUAAGGUAUUUGUUUCUUGACUAAUAAACCCUUUGAUACUUUUAGCCAGAAAUCAGUCUCAUAAAGCUAUUUUUGAGUAUAGUUUGUGUAAAAUAAAACUAUUUAGCUUUGGUAAUAAAUUUUCCAAGCUGAACUCCCUCUAGCAAGAUAUUUUCAGUGCUUUUAUUUACUAUGCACUUAGACUAUGCACUUUUUCUGAAAUAUUUUUGUAACACUUUUUUGUAUUUUUGCCAUUUGAAAAGGUUGUGGUGUAGUUGGUCUGUAAUUAAGUUGCAGAUUUAAAACUGCUGUUAGCUCUGUAAAUCAAAAUAUAGGUGUUUUGUCUAGUAUAUUUUCAUUCCAUCUGCAGCUGGAGCUGGAAUCCCAUUGAUCUUCUAGCUACCAUUCAUUUUCUUCACAGUUCACAAAAGAAGAAUGUGAAAUUCAGUGAAUGCUGUUACUAAUCCUGUCGGGAGAUGAAUCUCAUUUCACCAAAAUUAAAUUAUGGUUUUCCACUAAAAUGAUGAUACAAGUUGAAGACACAUCACUCUGAAAUUGGAAGACCUCACCACUUAAGGCUGCACAGUGGCUUACUCAGCUGAACUCUAGGUUAUUCCUCUUUAUUUUGUUCACCCAUUGGGGGGUGCAGUUUUUUUUGUUUGUUUGUUUGUUUUUGUUUUUUUUGUUUUCUUUUUUUUUAAUGUUGGGAGAUGGCCAUUCUAACUACUGUUGAAUGUCUGUUUUGGGAAGGUAUAACAAGAAAAUAAAAAAGUAUAUAUGAAGGGA